UGUAGUUGUUUGUCAGUGGGCGUGGACGGGGCUCCAAGAUGCCACGGAAGCUGCUGAAGUUCCUGAUCGUGUUCGACAACACGUCGCUGCUGUACUUCCCGGGGCAGUUCCUGUCUGGGAAGGUGCUUAUGGAACUGCAGGAUGACACUCCUGUACUUGGGCUACAUUUCCAUGUAGUGGGCGAGGGCGUGGUCCGCGUGGGCUCGGGGCGCCACGAGCGGCUCUUCGACAAGGAAAACUACAUCGAUUUCAGGAUGCGCCUGCUCGGUGAACCAGGAAACGGCGCCUCAGUCCUCUCCCCCGGCAUCCACAGCUUCCCCUUCAAGCUGGGCCUGCCGCAGGGGCUCCCGUCCACGUUCCUGGGCACGCACGGCUGGGUGCAGUACUACUGUAAAGCGGCGCUCCGCGAACCCAACGGGCUCACACAUAAAAACCGCCAAGUCUUCAUAGUCUGCAACCCGAUCGAUCUUAAUUUGGAGCCUCCAGUCCUCUCGCAAGAAUUCGAGUGCAGCGUGGAGCACCGGCUGGGCGUGGGCUGCGUGGGCGGCGGCAGCGUGGCGUGCCGCGUGACGCUGGACCGCGGCGGCUACGUGCCCGGCGAGACCAUCGCGCUCAGCGCAGCCCUAGCCAACCGCUCCCGGACCACCAUCCGCGGCACGCGCGCCACGCUCACCGAGACGAUCCAGUAUUCGGCCCACGGCAAAGUGUGCGCCAAGGAGGUUCGGGAGCUUGCCGCCCUGACGCGCGGCAAAGUGCGCCCCGGCGGCACGGACACGUGGCGGCGCGAGCUGCUGUACAUCCCGCCGCUACCGCCCACCAACCUGCGCGGCUGCCAUCUCAUACAAGUGCAGUACGACGUGUUUUUCAUAAUCGAGCCGAAGAGCCUGGAGAAGGAGGUGAAGCUGCAGCUGCCGAUCCUGCUCGGCACGUACCCGCUGGCCGCCGAGCGGGACUCCGCCCCGCCCCCCAUCUACCCCGGCACACUGCCCGUCUUCCGGCCCUGGCUGGCCGACAAACCGCUCAACCACUGA